GAUGCAGCAAGACUGUUUUUUUUGCCUCCACAACCACUGCUUGUACCUAGAAUGAUCAAUAAUUUCUACGAAUUGACCUGUGCGUUGACAAACGACUACAUCGGCCGCUACAAUAGACUGACUUUUGUCAAAAAAAUUGUUCAAGCGGGUGACAAAUUGACCCAAUACUUUGUGUAUUCGGAUCAGUCCCAGCAACACACCAUUUUGAUCGCUAAUGUGGUGCAAUUAACCCCUCAAAAGCUGGUGGUAACUUUAUGUGGCCACAAACAGGACGAAGGUGAUAAGGUAGACUCAGUAGUAGUGGACUGGAGCAUUUUGAACCCAAAAAACUCUAUUGUGUUGCCAUUGGAUGAAAUCAACUUAUCGAGUGAGAUCAUUGCUCUUUUUAACAGCCAACUUGACAAAGAGGUUAAUAGAGAGUACAUGGAAGCGCUCUUUAAAAGAAGUUUGCGGUCUCAUGAAAAGGCUCUGAUACUGGUACCGGCUCUGGAAUCGGCUCUGGAAUCGGCUCUGGCAGUGGCCCUGGCUCUGGUACCAGCUCUGGCUCCAUCUACAUUUUUGCUGGAUCCACCGGCAUCCAAAAACGCUUCGAUUCCUGAUAAACCCGGUUUUGAUGACGAAUACGAGAUGCAGAGCCACCGGGCGGUUUUGGGGUUACCACCACCUGGUGGUCCACCAUCUGGCGGUGUUCCCUCGGUGGGAGACGACGACUUAUAUCCUGGUGGCAUCAAAGACCCCAGUACGAGAGGGUACCUAGAUCCGUUGAGAGACACUUCAAGAGGUUCUGGUGGAAUGUACCCGUCGGCUAACCAUCCGCUCUUCAACCGAGACCGAAUGGGGGGCCCUGGAAAUGCUCCCUUUGGGGCUCGGUACGACGACCCAUUAGUAGGUGAUCCUGAUGAUAUGGACCUAAUGGGAGCCGGCCUCCCAGGGUUCAGGAAACCCAGUGGUGGUUCUGGGGGUGGCGGGUUCCCGGGUCAGUUUGGCAACCACAACCCGUUCGGCGGAUUGUAAUGAGGGGGUUUAUGCCGAUGUGCCGAUCGCAAUCAGCAUCAUCAAAAAAAAUGGGGUACACGAUGAGGUGAAAUGGAAUUGGAAGAUAAAAGUCAAAAAAAACUUAAAUCAGGCGCAAAUUAAAAGCAACCUGUUCAGUCCAAAUGGAAGGGAUUAAUAAGGACUUAUCAAUAAUUUAGCUAGGUCAAUAACUUAAUCAUUGUCUAAUCUUAUUAAGGAUAAACCU